GUUUACAAUUGUUUUUGUUACGUCUUUACAAUUUUCUCCGAGUUGGUCUAGGAAGACGAGCAGUAAUUCCGUCUUCUUGCGAGUCGCCGACGCUAUUUGCAUCUGUCAUUCUUGGAUCUAUGAUUCUGUUUAUUCAUGGACUUGUUAUUACUUGUCUGUAUUUAAUUUGUAGUUUACUUUUGCCAUUUUUUUGAUUUUUUUAGUCGAUUGGUAGCUUUCUCCGCUAGAAAACACGGAGGCUUUGUGUUUUCCUUUUUCGUUUUUUCUCCCUUUUAUUUUUUAGAUUUUUCUUCCCCAUCGCCCCGAACUUCUCGGUGGCACGUGAAGCGACCUCUCCACGAUAGCAGCAUUUCCUUCUUCUCCUUUUAUUCUUUUUCUUCUCUCUUCUCCCUUUUUUCUUCUUUGCUCAAUGGAAAUUGGGUGGUACAGUUUAAAUCACUGAGGUGAAUGUCUUUCCUUAUCUUCUGGAAAUUUAUAUUGCUCUUUAUAGAUUUAGGAUGUUCUAGUUACGAAUGGUGCAUUUCAUGAGAGAUUGGUGGAAGAUUUAAGCAUAAUUUCUGUAUCGGGUGGUUGUCUGUUUUGCUCGUUCGUCCUCGGAGUAAUGGGAUUCUUGUCGAAAUUUAGGGUUUAGGGCUUCUGGUUCUACGAUUUAUUCACGUAGUUUUAGUUAUAUUGGUGAACGUAGAUGGAUGAUAAAUCCUGGAGGGUGCGUUUAUCCGGUUGAUUGGACUGAUGUGCGGUCCUGACCUGCAGAUAUAAAAGAGCCGCGUCGAUUGUAGUUGGAGCCGUCUAAGCUUUGGAUUCUGGAAGAUGUAGUAAAUUGACAAUAGGUUUUAGGUUGGUAGAUUGUUAAGUGAACGCCAUGGAUAAUGUUGCUCCUGAAGUUAGUUCUUUCAUGAGCUUGGCUGCGUCUGUGUCCUAUGGCAUUGCUUCAAUGGCUAUGGUCUUCAUCAACAAGGCUGUUCUCAUGGAAUAUGUGCACUCCAUGACGCUUCUUACUCUCCAGCAACUGGCAACAACCUUGUUGAUACACUUUGGUCGAGUGUACGGAUACACCAAAGCCAGAGGUCUAGAGUCGAAGACUGCAAAGAAGCUUCUCCCACUUUCUCUGUUCUAUAAUGCAAAUGUGGCAUUUGCUUUAGCAAGUCUCAAAGGGGUUAAUAUUCCAAUGUACAUUGCUUUGAAAAGACUUACACCGCUGGCUGUAUUGGUUGCUGGGGUUUUCACUGGAAAAGGGCAUCCAUCUGUUCAGGUUACUCUUUCAGUUCUCUUGAUUGGUCUUGGAGUAAUUAUUGCGGCAUUAGGAGACUUUUCAUUUGACUUGUUUGGGUACUCUAUGGCUCUUUCUUCCGUCUUUUUCCAGACAAUGUAUCUCGUUCUGGUGGAAAAGUCUGGUGCAGAGGAUGGACUGUCGUCAGUUGAACUAAUGUUCUAUAAUGGAUUUCUUUCACUUCCUUUUCUGAUAUUCCUUAUUAUAGCUACAGGAGAAUUCCCCCAUUCGUUGACUGUCUUGUUUGAAAAGGCUAAUUCUUUUACGUUUUCAAUAAUCCUCAUACUUUCAUUGUUGAUGGGCAUCGUCCUUAACUUCACCAUGUUUUUGUGUACAACGGUCAAUUCUGCUCUCACCACAACCAUAGUUGGAGUACUCAAAGGAGUGGUCUCCACGACUCUUGGCUUUGUGCUGCUAGGUGGUGUAGACGUGCACGUGUUGAACGUGACUGGUUUGGUCAUCAAUACUGCUGGUGGGAUCUGGUACUCUUAUGCCAAGUACCAACAGAAGAGGAGCAUACCAAGAAAAACCAGCGUAGAUGUUGAGUCGAACCACAGGUAAUCCCAAUCUUGAUAAAGACGGCAAAUGGCCUAAUCUUUUGCUUGUUUUUCAGUGCUGUUGCUUACAUCCAAUUCAGAAAUGGUUAAGGGAAAACCAAUAAAUGGGAAAAAAAUUUAUUCUUUUCAUUGUCAUAAUUCUUGUUUUUCGAAGGAAGUUGGCUCUUCUGUGCUGUCAUAUGGACACUCAGCGGAAAGUACCGCAAAAUUUAUGUAGUUGCUCGUUGUAAAGGCCACAGUAGAAGCUGACACAUGAAUAAAUCAUAAUCCAUCUAUACUUA